CAGAUUAGCCAGCAUGCUGUGCUUCCUGGUGCCCCGGCUGCUGUGUGUCCAGGGCAGGACAGCCUCAUACUCUUCUGCAGCAUCCCUCCCAAGACCCAUUUUGAACCCCGACAUCUGCCAUAACCAGCUGUUCAUCAACAAAGAGUGGCAAGAUGCAGUCAGCAAGAAGACCUUCCCCAUGAUAAAUCCCACCAUGGGAGAGGUCAUUGGGCUUGUGGCUGAAGGAGACCAAGCUGAUGUGGACCGAGCUGUGACCGCAGCCCGGGAAGCCUUCCACUUGGGGUCUCCAUGGCUCAGGAUGGACACUUCUGAGUGGAGCUGGUUAUUGAACCACCUGGCUGACCUAGUGCAGUGUCUGACCUAGUGCUGACCAAGUGUCUACUUGGCCUCACUGGAGAUCUUGGACAAUGGGAAUCCUUUCCAGGCAUCUUAUGCCUUAGACCCGGAUGAGCUCAACGAGGUUUACUGCUACUUUGCCGGCUGGGCUGACAAGUGGCAUGGCAAAACCAUUCCCAUGAAUGGUGAGCAUUUCUGUUUUACCCAGCAUGAGCUGGUGGGUAUCUGUGGCCCGAUAAUCCCCUGGAACUUCCCCGUGGUCAUGCAGGACUGGACCGCCCCUGUGCUUGCCACAGGCAACACUGUGGUCAUGAAGGUGGCAGAGCAGACUCCACUUUCUACCCUUGCCUCCCUCAGCAAGGAGGCAGGCUUUCCUCCCAGGAUGGUAAACAUCAUCACAGGCUACGGCCUCACCGCAGGAGCGGGCAUCGUCCAGCACAUGGAGAUUGAUAAAGUUGCCUUCACUGGCUCCACCGAGGUGGGCCACCUGAUUCAGAAGGCCGCUGGUGAGUCCAAUCUUAGGAGAGUCACACUGGAGCUGGGUGGGAAGAGCCCCAGCAUCGUGUUGGCUGAUGCUGACAUAGGUCAUCCCAUGGACCAGUGUCACGAAGCCCUCUUCUUCAACGUGGGCUAGUGCUGUUGUGCAGGUCCCUGGACCUUCGUGGAAGAAUCCAUCUAUGAUGAGCUGCUUGAGAGAACUGUGGAGAAAGCCAACCAGAGAAAACUUGGGAACCCCUUUGAGCUAGAUCCCCAGCAGGAGCCCCAGGUCAACAAGGAACAGUUUGAACGAAUCCUGGGCUAUGGCCAGCUUGGCCAGAAGGAAAGGGCCAAACUUCUCUGUGCAUGGUGGGGGGAGCAUUUUGGGGUGCAUGGCUUCUUCAUCAAGCCCACAGUCUUUGGGGGUGUACAGGAUGACAUGAGGAUUUCUCAGGAGGAGAUCUUUGGGCCCGUGCAGCCAUUGUUCAAGUUUAAGAAGAUCAAGGAGAUCACUGAGAGGGCCAACACCACUGAAGGGCUGGCUGCAGCUGUGUUCACUGGGAACCUGGACAAAGCCAUAUACUUCACCCAGGCUCUCCAAGCUGGCUCUCCAAGGUGGGUGAACACCUACCACAUCGUCACCUGCCACAGGCCAUUUGGAGGCUUUAAGGAAUCUGGUAAUGGGAGGGAGCUGGGGGAGGACGGGCUGAGAGCCUACAUGGAGGUGAGGAUGGUCACUGCCAAGGUUCCUCAGAAGAACUCAUGAGAAUGGCCCCUGUGGAU